AUGGAUUGGAUGAGGGAUUCUAUAAAAUAUGGGGGAUGGUUUGUGUUCACAGUAAGUCUUCUGUUUCAAAAUGUUGUUGGUGUCAUGGAUAAAGAAGCGGGAUGUACGAAUCCUGCUCCUCAACCAGCCGCGGAUCGACAGCCGACAAAACCAACGUUACCAAACACCUACGAGGUUCACAUAGAAUGUAUUAUAAUGAAUAAGAAUCAAUCUACAGAAGUACAUGAAUUUUUUGAUUAUGAUGGAAAUCGAGGUGCAAUACGACAGCGGCAAGAAGAUAAAUGUAUCGUGACUGAUUUGGGCAAGACAGCCGAGAGAUUUUUGUUUGGGUACAGUACUGCUGGUUCAGGGGAUCAUAUAUUUUCUGCAGCAGGUGCUCUGCACUUUGGAGGUGAUGUUGUAGAGACUUAUGUUGGCAAAGACGUUACUAGAGGAAUUGGAACGAGAUCCUGGUAUUCGUGUCAAUACUGGAAAAAUAUGGACGCUACCAUGGAUGUAUGGUGGUACUUUUCAGAUCCCGACAAUUGGGAUACAGCGUUGGGAUUGCCUGAAAUCCCAAUCAGGGCUCAUGUCAAGGGUAUAGCAUACAGUCCGGACGGUGUCUCUCACACCUUUGAGCAUAUCUAUGAUUUUGUUCAUUUUAAAAACUAUAUUGAAGAGACAAAUGUGUUUGAGACUCCAAGUAUGGUAAUUUGCCCCAACAGAAAAAAUACCAAGGUCUUUCCACAAUUGCCUGACGCUUUCUCUUUCACUGUAGAAAUAGUUGAUCUUGUUAGGAAGUCGGUCAGCUUUAUGACGGAAGCGUAUGAUAAAAGCAAUAAUGUGACAAGGUUACAUCUCAAGCCAAGCGAAUUGGAAUCAAGUCCUUAUGGGUUUAGACCCUUAACUCAAAUACACGACUUUAACACGGGUGUUGCCUAUAUUAUGGACGAUAUGUAUGGAAACUGUUCCAUUAUUCCAAUACAACCAGAUUUUGUCGACAACAAAAUAUCACAAUCUGGUUACGUAAAAAUGAGAACAUCAAAUGAAUUCUUCGAUGUAGACAACGUAAAAUUAACAUACGAAGGAGUAAAAACAACACGUAACAUACCUUGUGAUACAUGGGUUGGAAGAAGAACUACUGUAGAUGCCGUAGGAACUCCAAUGAAUGUUACAUGGGAAUGGUAUUUCAAGACAGAUGAUUGGACAUCAGUUGAACAAACAGAUGAGGUUUCUUCUGCAAUGGGGUCUCCAGUGCAAAUAAGAUAUCAAUAUGCUGACUAUGAUGAGUUCCAAGUAUAUAACUUUUAUGGUUUUUCUCAAGAACACCAAGAUUUAAUGAAUUAUGACAUAAGCCAGUGUUAUAACAACAAUCAGAAAAUUAAAAUAGAUUUUCAAAUUCCAGGUAAAUAUCAGAAAAAUGCAGAAGAUAAUCGAAUACUAUUUCUGUACAGUACACUGGUCUCAUUAGCUGGUUAUAUGGAUGUUUCUCCACUUCGAAUAUCACAUAUUCAGCUUGUAAACGGUGAUGAUAAUCUCCAUGUACAGUUCGAUUUGUUGGAUGCUGCGCCUUUAAUAGGUGAUAUUCAAAUACUGAAAAGGGAAACACCUUUACAAGAUGCAGUUCUGAUUUUAAAGAAGGCCAUUGAUUCAAACGAUCUAGUGAUACUCCUAGUGUCAGAGACAGAGCAGCAGAUAAUCUUACGCGGACUUCCUCUUUUACAGGUCAUUCCUAUAACAGUGGUUCAAGGUUCCAUGGUGAGCUAUACGUAUGGUUCCACAUUAGAUGCUAUUAAUUCAAAGAAAAGCUCUGAUUAUGGUCCUGGAUCUAUGGCGGGGUUAGCUGUUGGUAUGAUUGCAUGUGGGGGCCUAAUGGGUGUAUUAAUGGUCAUAAAAUUCUUCUAA